UUCACACGGGGUUCAUUCCACUACAAUAACGUCACAGCGAUUUCAGGCCAAGACGCUGCGCCGGCGGCGCGUCGUAACGUGCGAGAAAGAGAGAGUGCACUACAUCGCUGAUGCCUGAUAGUGCACAGGUGUGCGCGCAGGCAGCCCAUCAGCUGUUCGACUCGCUCGUGCCCGUUGCCCGAAUACCGCGUGCAUUGCGGACAGGCACUAGGCAGUCAGGCACAGGCAAGGCAGUCUUUGUCGAUAACCGCCCGCGGGCAGACGUGUGACCCCGCCGCCCGUCUCGCUGCGUCUCGCUACCGACUCGUUUCCCGCUGUCGACCGAAUCCACCCAUGUGUUAGUGUGCAUGUUUGUGUAUCGUGUUGUCACCGACGCGGCGAUCGAGCUCUUUGUCUAAUUAGCAGAAUGACACCGCAAGAGGAACGGGAGAGCUCGCGAGGAGCGGAGAUUGCAGACGCUUUUGAUGACGACAUGUUCGGUCCGUCGCGAACCGAGCCCGCCACCAGACCCAAACUUUCCAUGAUCUCCGCACGUCUCCGAGCCAACGAGGAGCGCAAGCGAGUUAUCGAAAUUUGCUCACAGAAAUUGGAAAAUAUCGAGGAUCCUGCGCGUGAUCUCCGACGCUCUGUGUGUAUAAAUAACACAUACUGUCGUCUUAGCGAAGAAGCUCGUAAAGAAAAGGAAGCUAGAAGACGAAGGGCGAGAGAAGAAUGUGAUGAUUCAUGGAUAGGGAAAAAGGCUCGACGUGCCGUCGAGGAUGAAUGUCUUGCGCUUCUAGACGCCAUACCUGAACUAGGCGAUGCGAACCUUGGCUGCGCACAGUUAGCGCGGCAGAUGCAAGAUGGUUCGCGACAGGACGCCCUUUUGCCGCCUGGACUUCUAACAGUGCUCGAUUCAUGACCGCGCCGCACUGCGCACGUACACUCGUCGCUGUGAUGCCAGCGUCCCGAGUGAAGUACUCACGCGAGCCGUAGGCGCUCGAGUCGCUGACCGAGUUUCCGGACGCGCUUUGAACAAACUCGCCCAAAUGUGCCCGAUGCGUUCCGGAUCGCGGUCGAGCGCAACUCGCAACCUGACCGCUGGACAUCUCAUUGAUAGAAUUCUCGUUACCCCGAAACGGACAGUUAACGUUUAGCCAAUUCUUUGUUAUUUAAGAGAAGUACUUACUUUGUUAACAUGUUUUUAUUAUUUAGUGAAAGUUGCUCAGGUGCUGCCGACGGGCACGGUCCAAUUAGUGUUCGACGAUCACUUCUUUUAUCGGACCCGCACUGUGUUUUAUUCACGAACACGUCGAGUUGCAAUUCAGACCAGGAGAUAAUAUAGUGAGGACGUUCAACGGUUAACAUUGGAGUUGUAGAUUUUAAGCCAUAAUUAUUAUUAAUGCAUUAUUGUACUAUAAAUAAUUAAAUGAAUUCGUGAUUAAGGUAUAGUGCAAAAUAAGUGGGAACGGUUGCGCAGAUUUUGUAGAUAUCUUUUUUAUAUGAUUUGGAUAGUUUAAUUUCAAACUAAGUAACUUACAAAGAAUAUACGUUCACGAGCUCUUUUAUAAUAAAUAUAAUCUUAAAAUACAAAUAAUCUUAAAAUACAACAGUAUUUCUCAUUCGAUAAAAUUUGAAAGUAAAAGCAAAGUGUGCUUCGUUGUGAUGAGUGAGACGGCACGCUUAUUAAGAAAUACUUGGUGUAUAGUGGGCAAUCGAAUAUUACGUAUUAACGUCGUAUCAUGUGCCCGUAACAAAAGAAAAAACCUUAUAAGUGAUGACGUGUGGUCGUCGUCGACACUCGACAACAGAUGAGCAUAUGUGACCUUACUCGUGUAGAUUUGCAAGGCCAAACGUUGGGCCGAACACCCAACGUUUGAUCAAACGUGCAUUUUAAUAAGUCUGAUUUUAUAUUCGACUGUUAUAAAGCGAUAUCAGUAUGUUUUAAUUUAUAUACUUUUUUAUGUUACCUUAUCUCACAAUUUACGCUUUGUUACCAUUAUGAUUUAUAAUUGGUUGGAUAUGCGAUCAUUACGUACUUAUCGUUACUUAGCGAAUACAUUUUAAAUGUGUUGUCAUUGUUGAUUUGUUUUAGACGAUUGAUUUAGUUUAAAAUAUAUCGAAAUGGUAAACUAGAUUGUGCAAUUUUCACGUUUCGGUCGGUAUAUUGUGCAAUGGAAUGAGGGUUAAAUAUUUUAUUAAAAUUUUAAUUGUCGCAAAAUAUAUUGGUUGUAGCCCGUCGUUUCGCCCCCUCUGAAUAGUAAAUACCUGGAGAAGGGCAGGGAGUGCGGUAGAGGGAGUGGGGGGUGAAAAGGGUGGCGGAGUGGGACGCACCGUUCCCAGUACCUCCUGUGAUAUUAGCCUAGCCUGUAUGUCGUAUUUGUAUUCUGUGCUAGUUUCCCCAUCCAAUUUUUAUGGAAUUAACGCUAUGUAAAAAUAAUGUGCUUAUUAAAAUUGAUUCCUUUUCUAUAUCGGCCAUUUUAUACGGAUUAACCGGUUUUUCGAGUCACGUACCCGACGGUAAUGCGUUUAGAUAUUUUCUUCACUAUUGUAAUGAAAUGUAGUUGUUUCUUUUUUUUGUAUGAAUUUGUAUGUUGAUAAGAAUUGUAUAUUGUAAAAUUAAGUGCUUGUAUCACUUUGCCGCCGGGUAGCUUCUGGCAUUUCAUUAACAAAUUACGUUGGACGAACUUUUCAAAACUACCUUAUUCAAAAAAACAUAACUUGGUAGCGAUUUCAAAACGCAAUAACAUCAUCCCUUUCACUCAACAACGCUGUCCUUUUGAAAGAGUAGGACGGAUAUAAAGCCAAAGUUGCUAUCAAGUUGCCUUCUUGAAUACGUGUCCCAGAUCAUGUUCACUAGUUGUUAAAUCAGAAACCAAAUGUACUUUUAAAAACAUAUUGUAAAACGCACAUAAUUAUGUAUUAUGAGUAGGAUUUUUAUUAUUUCACAAUUUACAAAACAAAGGUUAUCGUUUCAUGUAUUUUAUACUUAUGUUUUAUAGUUCAAUUAUCGCCUCUUUUAGAACAAGCCGUUGCAAUUUGUACGAGUAAUUUUAUUGUAAAAUAUCAUUGUUUUUAUUUUUAGUAGAACAAUAUAACAUGUUUUUCAAUGUAUGAGGGGAGUCUAUUUGUUUGUAUGAAUGUAAUAAACAAAUUAAUAAAAAAGUCUUAAGUCACACCAUUUUAGUUUUAGUUAGUCAUGACCUAUAAUAAUAAUCGUGUAACAAUAUAUUUUUAAAGAAAUUACUAAGCAUAUGACGAAGCAUGAAGCAUAUUCAUUCAAAUGUAUUAAGUGUCCUGUAAAGGACAAGAAAAAAAAAUAUUAAUGAGUUUGUUCUUUACCAAUACGCUUUAAUUCUUAUCAGUUGUCUAUAUUUCAACACACAAUAACGUGUUUUUAGUAAUUGCUAUCCUUACCUAAUUUAUUCGGGUAAACGAUAUUGUCGAUGACUAAGGAGUGCUUUACGAAGAACUUUAAUACUAAAAAUGUUAGUCACGCAUUGAAGAAUAACAAUAACUGCAAAUUAUACGUCUAUUCCGAGUGUCCGAAUAAAGUGCGACGUCUUUUGUCUUUUAUUAACAUUAAUGUUUGAUUAUUUAGUUAAAAACUAUUUUUAAUUUAAAUAAAGGGGAACUAUAUUAUUCAUAUAAAUAAAAAAUACGCAUUUAAUUGAAAAAGUCUCUACUUGUAACUUUUUUUUCUUUAAAUUAGAACUUCAAGCAUUGCUAAUCUGUAUCAAAGUUGUAUAUAAUCUGUAACAUUCCCGCGCGUCAUUACAGUGCCACAUCUACCGUAUUAUCGGAGGUUAAUGAGCCAGCUUUAAGCCGAGUGAAGAAAUUAAACGCAUUUUAAAGUCGUUAGCAAACAAAUACAUUGCCAAGCUGUACCGUUGGUCUAUUUUAGAAACAUGUUAUCGCGUUUUGUUGUGAACAUAAAAUACAUGUUAUUCUGUAGUAAAAAAUAGUAUAUCAAUAGCAAUAAAGUAAUUUAAAAAAACAUAAUUCGGCUAUUUAAAUGUCCACUUUGAAUCUCAAUAUUUUUCUAAAUUUAAAUUAGUUUAUCGUUCUUAAAACAAAAUUAGAAUCUGAACGCAACCAUAUUGUUUAAGGUACAAAGAGUGAAUCCUGUUUCGGAUAACGGCGCUUGGAUAUAAAGAGGCGAUGUAAACAUUUUAAAACAAUAAACAUAAGAGUUUUGUAAAUGUUAUGAUUAUAUUAUUGUGAUUAGCUGCUAUUUUAUAAAUGUUUCCUGUCUUAGAUUAAGAGAUGAUAAUUAAAUAAAUAUUAAUUAAAUAAUUA